UCUAGGUACCCGUCCCGAUCAGCCGAGUCAGAAGUGAUCGAUGCUCUUAGUGUAGUCUGUGCUAAGGCCAGCCGAAGAAUCUUCGCCCCGACAGAACCAGUCGUCGCCAGCGACAAGAGACACAAGCCCGUCCAAGUGCCAGAGAGGGGCUGAUCAUGUCAGAGGACACUACAGAGUCCCUAGUGGGGCCCAGCACCCUCUGGAAGGACCUCAGGGCACUCCUGCCAGACACAGAGGAUGAACUGAAGCUGGAUCUCAGUGAGAAGGUGGACAGGAGCGUGGCUAUGCUGCUACGGCAGGCUUUGGGUCUGUUCUAUGAAGGCCGUUGGCAGAAGUGCCUGCAGGCCAGUGAGGCUGUCCUGGACUACUCCUGGGAAAAGCUCAACAUUGGUCCCUGGCGAGAUGUAGACAAGGAAUGGCGCCGGGUAUAUUCCUUCGGCUGCCUCCUGAAGACCCUGUGCCUGUGCCAGGCACCACAGAAGGCCACUGCUGUGGCUGAAGCACUGCGGGUGUGUGACAUGGGCCUGUUGAUGGGGGCAGCCAUCCUUGGGGACAUUCUUCUCAAAGUUGCUACAGUCCUCCAGACACAUCUGCUCCCUAGAAAGCAGCCUGCCUGUGGCCCUCACCAGGAUCAGCCUGCUACCAAGAAGGCAAAGCAUGACGCCAGCUCAACCCCUGAUGUGGUAUUAGAUCGGGAAGUGCCCAGGCUUCGCUGCCCACCUCUGCAGCACUUCAAGAAGCAUUUUCUAGUUCCUGGGAGACCUGUGAUCUUGGAAGGUGUGGCUGACCACUGGCCGUGCAUGAAGAAGUGGAGUCUACAGUACAUCCAGGAGAUUGCUGGCUGCCGCACUGUCCCCGUGGAAGUGGGUUCAAGAUACACAGAUGAAGACUGGUCCCAGACUCUCAUGACAGUCGAUGAGUUCAUCCACAAAUACAUUCUGAGCGAGGCAAAGGAUGUCGGGUACCUUGCUCAACACCAGCUGUUCGACCAGAUCCCAGAGUUGAAGCAGGACAUCAGCAUCCCCGAUUACUGUUGCCUGGGCAAUGGAGAAGAGGAAGAGAUCACUAUCAAUGCCUGGUUUGGUCCCCAAGGAACCAUCUCCCCAUUGCAUCAGGACCCCCAGCAGAACUUCCUGGUCCAGGUGUUAGGAAGGAAGUACAUCCGGCUGUAUUCUCCGCAAGAGUCUGAGGCAGUGUACCCUCACGAGACACACAUUCUUCAUAACACCAGCCAGGUUGAUGUGGAAAACCCCGACCUAGAGAAGUUCCCCAAGUUCACUGAGGCCCCGUUUCUGUCCUGCAUUCUGUCCCCAGGAGACACCCUCUUUAUACCUGCUAAGUACUGGCAUUACGUGCGCUCCCUGGACCUGAGCUUCUCUGUCAGCUUCUGGUGGUCAUAGCAAAGGCCGGAGUGGAAAGGACCCUCCAGGAAGACACCUUAUCCAAAAGCAGUGAACCCAGUGACAGUGUUAGCCCUGGAUGCUGCUAGACUCCAGCAGUCCUGCUCCACAAUCAGUAUCUGUUAGGAUGUCACAGAGCUGCUGUGUAACCAUGUGACAUGUGUGUGGCCCAGCUGCUGUGUGUACCCACGUGAUGUGUGUGUACCUAGGCGAUCCAGAUUAUGGAUGCUUCUUUUCCUUGUAACUGCUGGGCUGAGUAUCUGCCUUGCUGUUGGGGUGCCUGAGUGCCACUGGCAAGCUGCUCAGAGGAGACAGAGCACAGUCUGUAAUAGGGGUCCCUCAGUCCAUGUUUCCUUGGGUGUGUUUUCUCAGGUGGGAAACGGCAAGGUCUGGGGCGGCUGCUGUUCCCAGUUUUCUGUGUACCCAGGUGUCGCCAGACCCUUACCACUAGGAGUUGGAAACAGAGGUCCUUGGGUCCAUGUUUCACCUCAGGGCAUUUAUGCAGCAGGCUGGAAGGGGCAGGCAGAGCCUGGGAUGGUGACAGAACUGGUUUGGUUCUGAGUGAGUGGCAGGAAUAAGGAGGGGCUGGGAGCGAAGUCUUCUCUGGGAGAUACAGGCCAGCCCUUUACGAGGAAGCCCCUCCCCUCAGGCAGUCCUUGAUGAAGAGAUGGUCCUUGCUCGGUCCAACUGCUUUGUUAGAUGGCGGGUUUGAAUACACACCUUACUCAGGGCGAACCGGGGAUUGCAUACUUGUGGGAAGGAGUGCAAGGGAACCUCGUUUGGCUGAACACUUGGGGCCUAGCUAGAUACUUUAUUAGCAUGAGAACUCCAGUCUGAGCCUAUUCAACCUUACCCGUUCUUCUGUUUGGUGGCACAGUCACUUGGUCCAUAUGUAAUUUAAAAUUUCUUCAAUAACAAUAAAAUAUAUGUUCUUAAGUAAAAGACAAAAA